CUCUAUCUUCCUCCACUCUCCUAUUCCUUUCACUUUCACCUUUCACCUCCCUCUUUCCCUGGCUUUAUUUAGAAAAAACCAGCCCCAACUCCAACACCUCCUUCUCUCUCUCUUCAUUCUGAUUCACCAUUUCACAGUUUCAGCAAUGUCUAGCAGUGGCAGCCACGGUGCAGAAGGUUCAUCAACCAACAUUCCUCUAGAUUACCACCUCCAGCACCAGCACCAGCACCAACACCAGCAGCUGCAGCAGCAGAGUCCAGUCACACUUAGCCGCUAUGAGUCUCAGAAGAGAAGGGACUGGAACACUUUUGGACAAUACUUGAAGAACCAAAGACCCCCAGUUGCUCUCUCUCAGUGCAAUUGCAACCAUGUCCUUGAUUUUUUAAGGUAUCUGGACCAGUUCGGAAAGACCAAGGUUCACCUCCAAGGGUGCAUGUUCUAUGGACAGCCUGAACCACCAGCACCAUGCACUUGUCCUCUCAGACAAGCUUGGGGGAGUCUCGAUGCUCUCAUAGGUCGACUCAGAGCGGCCUACGAAGAAAAUGGAGGCUCCCCAGAGACUAACCCUUUUGCUAGUGGCUCCAUCCGUGUCUACCUUAGGGAGGUCAGAGAGUGCCAAGCUAAGGCUAGAGGUAUACCUUACAAGAAGAAAAAGAAGACCCCUAAGGGAAAUCUUGAAGAAUCAUCAACCUCCUCCAUCCAUUUCUCUUGAAUAUUCUUCCUCUGGAAGAUCUGUGUUUCACCUAAUAUUGGAUAAUGUUGCAUAUUAUAUAAAUUAAAUUGAAGGAGUUCUUACUUUUAAGGCCAGUUCUUGGGAGGUUUCUUCUCUAUGCGCUUCUUCAGUACUUUUAAAUUUUCAGUUUAAUUUGUUUACCCGAGAAUUUGUAAUUAAGCUCUUAGCAGAACCGAAAGUUCGAUCGUGACACAAUGCUGUUUUAUGCCUCAGCGUAUCUUAUAUAUAUAUA